AUGAACGAGAGAGAAGACAUGGGGAGAAGGCUCUAUGAAGCUUGUUUGAGUGGGAGUGUCCCAGCAUUAGAUGCAUUGAUUGAGAAAGAUCAACUCAUUCUCGACCGAGUUAGCUCACUAAAAUGCUUUUCCGAUGACACCCCCUUGCACGUAGCCGGAUUGCGCGGUCAUUUGGACUUCAUGAAAGCCCUUCUAGCUCUGAAACCAAAACUUACCAUUGAGUUAGACUCGCUACGGUGUUCGCCCCUCCACUUAGCUUCCGCCGAGGGCCACGUUGAGAUUGUACGAGAGUUGUUAUGGGUGAACACCAACGUCUGCAUUGCUCGUAGAAUCCCUCUCCACUUGGCAGUCAUGAAAGGGCGAGUUGAGGUCAUAUUAGAACUACUUCGAGCUGAACCGGAGUUGAUUCACGAGAAACUAGGCAGAGGGGAGACUGUUCUGCACUUAUGUGUCAAAUAUAACAGGCUAGAGGCCUUCAAGACACUGGUGCAAUAUUUGCACAGCAACCACAUGGAAUUUCUCCUCAACGCUGGAGACGAUAAUGGCAACACCAUCUUGCAUCUUGCUGCAGCCCUCAAACAAAAGGAUGUGAGUUUCUGUGUAUACGAGGAGCUAGUUACUCUCACUACUAUGACUACGAAGAAGGACCAGACUCUUAAGUUCGUCCAUUUGUGA